UCCUUCCUUCCUCCCCGCGCUCAGGCCCCGCCCCCUCACUCUCUUCGCGGCCGCGCUUGGCCCUUCCUGGGCUCCGUAGCGGCCCCGCCUCUGCCUCUGUCUGUCCCCUCUCGGCCCCCGUACGCCGCGGCGCUUCCGUUGGUGGGUGCAGGAUGGGUCAAAGUCAAAGUGGUGGACAUGGUCCUGGGGGUGGCAAGAAGGAUGACAAGGAUAAGAAGAAGAAAUAUGAACCUCCAGUUCCAACUAGAGUGGGGAAAAAGAAGAAGAAAACAAAGGGACCAGAUGCAGCCAGCAAACUCCCACUGGUGACACCUCACACACAAUGCAGACUCAAAUUGUUGAAAUUAGAGAGAAUUAAAGAUUACCUACUUAUGGAGGAAGAAUUUAUCAGAAAUCAGGAACAGAUGAAACCUUUGGAAGAAAAGCAAGAGGAAGAGAGAUCAAAGGUGGAUGAUCUGAGAGGAACCCCAAUGUCUGUAGGUACCCUGGAGGAGAUUAUUGAUGAUAAUCACGCUAUAGUGUCUACAUCAGUGGGAUCUGAGCACUAUGUCAGUAUUUUGUCUUUUGUGGACAAAGAUCUUCUAGAACCAGGCUGCUCUGUUUUGCUCAAUCAUAAGGUUCAUGCUGUGAUAGGAGUCCUGAUGGAUGACACAGAUCCUUUAGUUACAGUGAUGAAAGUGGAGAAGGCCCCUCAGGAGACUUACGCUGACAUUGGUGGCCUUGACAACCAGAUUCAAGAAAUUAAGGAAUCUGUGGAGCUUCCUCUCACCCAUCCUGAGUAUUAUGAAGAGAUGGGUAUAAAGCCUCCCAAAGGAGUAAUUCUGUAUGGCCCACCUGGCACAGGUAAAACCUUACUAGCCAAAGCAGUGGCAAACCAGACCUCAGCAACCUUUCUGAGAGUUGUUGGCUCCGAGCUUAUACAGAAGUACCUAGGUGAUGGUCCAAAACUUGUCCGUGAAUUGUUCCGCGUAGCUGAGGAGCAUGCUCCAUCAAUCGUCUUUAUUGAUGAAAUAGAUGCCAUUGGUACAAAGAGAUAUGACUCAAAUUCUGGUGGUGAAAGAGAGAUCCAGCGUACGAUGCUGGAGUUGCUGAACCAAUUAGAUGGGUUUGAUUCCCGUGGGGAUGUGAAAGUUAUCAUGGCCACAAACAGAAUAGAAACAUUGGAUCCAGCCUUAAUCAGGCCAGGGCGUAUUGAUAGGAAAAUUGAGUUCCCCUUACCAGAUGAAAAGACUAAGAAGCGCAUCUUUCAGAUUCACACAAGUAGGAUGACUUUGGCAGAUGAUGUAACUUUAGAUGAGCUCAUUAUGGCUAAAGAUGAUCUGUCUGGCGCAGAUAUUAAGGCAAUUUGCACAGAAGCUGGUUUGAUGGCUUUGAGAGAACGCAGAAUGAAAGUAACUAAUGAAGACUUCAAAAAAUCAAAAGAGAAUGUUCUCUAUAAGAAACAAGAAGGCACCCCAGAGGGGCUUUAUCUUUAGGGACGCCUCUUACUUUCAAAAUACAUGAAAUGGCAACAGAUGUUUCACAGGCCUCAUCAAUAGAGCAUAACAUCUUAGCCUCUCCAAGCAUGAUGGGUGGACUGUGUUUAGUUGUAAGUCUAUAAAAUACUUAUUCAAUUAAAAAAAUCAAUUCUGAAACAAAUAGAAAAUGUCUUUUUGUCAACACAUCAGACGUGUAUUAAAUUGCCUAGUUACCUAUUAGUGGCUUGAAUUUUUUCAUCAAGCUACUGGCUUCUAUAGACUAGACUAUUUCAUAAAACAAGACCUGCAGCCACUGUUUAGUCUCAUAACUAACUACUGUGAGCAACUUUAUUAUAAGAUUUCUCUGAAUUGGAUUUAAGUUAUAUAGUACCUCUGUACAUCCUAAAUGAAUCUCCUAUACUUUUGUGUUAAUCUUGUAGUAAGCCUAAAUCUAGUUAAUUACACCUAGUCCAGUAAUGAUGGUAUUCUUUUUAUAGGAUAUUUCAAUGUAAUAGUACCCAGGCAGUUAUAAAAAUGGUUAGUAGUUUUUUUUAAAUGAACUCAGACCCUGUUUGUUAGAAUCACAGCUGACCAAAACUGUUCAUUAAGGACACCUUAGAGAAAGACAGGCUCUAGAUUGUCAGUUAA